GGGCCGGUGCCCCCGGAGCCAUUUCCGGGAGGGGCGAGGCCGGCGGCUGCCGGGCCUCCAAUCUCGGCGGCGGCGGCGGCGGCGGCAACAGGGGAGCCUGGGUCUCGCGGCCUGCGAGUCCGUCGCGUGCUGAGGGAGACGCGGGAGGUGGAGCCGGCCGGGUGCUCGAGGGAAGGAGACUGGAAGCUGGUUCCGGCGUGAGGAGAGUCUGAGAAAGGGGAGCGCGGAGAGGAGGCUGGAAGAGGAAGAUGCCUAGCACAGACCUUCUGAUGUUGGACAAAUUAACUCAUAAUGCAAUAGGCUAAUGCAGUUUGGCCCUGAGUGACUCUUGAGAAAUACCCUGAGUUGAGGCACACUGGAAACGUGGCACAUUAGAAAUGCCAAGAAGAGGCCGGGUGCGGUGGCUCAUGCCUGUAAUCCCAGCGCUUUGGGAGGCCAAGAAGGCCUUUGAGCCCUACUUAGAGAUUUUGGAAGUAUACUCCACAAAAGCCAAGAAUUAUGUAAAUGGGCAUUGCACCAAGUAUGAGCCCUGGCAGCUAAUUGCAUGGAGUGUCGUGUGGACCCUGCUGAUAGUCUGGGGAUAUGAGUUUGUCUUCCAGCCAGAGAGUUUAUGGUCAAGGUUUAAAAAGAAAUGUUUUAAGCUCACCAGGAAGAUGCCCAUUAUUGGUCGUAAGAUUCAAGACAAGUUGAACAAGACCAAGGAUGAUAUUAGCAAGAACAUGUCAUUCCUGAAAGUGGACAAAGAGUAUGUGAAAGCUUUACCCUCCCAGGGUCUGAGCUCAUCUGCUGUUUUGGAGAAACUUAAGGAGUACAGCUCUAUGGACGCCUUCUGGCAAGAGGGGAGAGCCUCUGGAACAGUGUACAGUGGGGAGGAGAAGCUCACUGAGCUCCUUGUGAAGGCUUAUGGAGAUUUUGCAUGGAGUAACCCCCUGCAUCCAGAUAUCUUCCCAGGACUACGCAAGAUAGAGGCAGAAAUUGUGAGGAUAGCUUGUUCCCUGUUCAAUGGGGGACCAGAUUCGUGUGGAUGUGUGACUUCUGGGGGAACAGAAAGCAUACUGAUGGCCUGCAAAGCAUAUCGGGAUCUGGCCUUUGAGAAGGGGAUCAAAACUCCAGAAAUUGUGGCUCCCCAAAGUGCCCAUGCUGCAUUUAACAAAGCAGCCAGUUACUUUGGGAUGAAGAUUGUGCGGGUCCCAUUGACGAAGAUGAUGGAGGUGGAUGUGCGGGCAAUGAGAAGAGCUAUCUCCAGGAACACUGCCAUGCUCGUCUGUUCUACCCCACAGUUUCCUCAUGGUGUAAUAGAUCCUGUCCCUGAAGUGGCCAAGCUGGCUGUCAAAUACAAAAUACCCCUUCAUGUCGACGCUUGUCUGGGAGGCUUCCUCAUCGUCUUUAUGGAGAAAGCAGGAUACCCACUGGAGCACCCAUUUGAUUUCCGGGUGAAAGGUGUAACCAGCAUUUCAGCUGACACCCAUAAGUAUGGCUACGCCCCAAAAGGCUCAUCAUUGGUGUUGUAUAGUGACAAGAAGUACAGGAACUAUCAGUUCUUCGUCGAUACAGAUUGGCAGGGUGGCAUCUAUGCUUCCCCAACCAUCGCAGGCUCACGGCCUGGUGGCAUUAGCGCAGCCUGUUGGGCUGCCUUGAUGCACUUCGGUGAGAACGGCUAUGUUGAAGCUACCAAACAGAUCAUCAAAACUGCUCGCUUCCUCAAGUCAGAACUGGAAAAUAUCAAAGGCAUCUUUGUUUUUGGGAAUCCCCAAUUGUCAGUCAUUGCUCUGGGAUCCCGUGAUUUUGACAUCUACCGACUAUCAAACCUGAUGACUGCUAAGGGGUGGAACUUGAACCAGUUGCAGUUCCCACCCAGUAUUCAUUUCUGCAUCACAUUACUACACGCCCGGAAACGAGUAGCUAUACAAUUCCUAAAGGACAUUCGAGAAUCUGUCACUCAAAUCAUGAAGAAUCCUAAAGCGAAGACCACAGGAAUGGGUGCCAUCUACGGCAUGGCCCAGACAACUGUUGACAGGAAUAUGGUUGCAGAAUUGUCCUCAGUCUUCUUGGACAGCUUGUACAGCACCGACACUGUCAUCCAGGGCAGCCAGAUGAAUGGUUCUCCAAAACCCCACUGAACUUGGACCCUUUCUAGUCUCAAGGGGAUUCCAGCCUUCAGAAGGUUCUUGGGGUAUGGAACAGGCCGUGCACAACUUUGACAUCUGGUCUUGCUCCAUAGAGCACAACUCAAGAUAGACCAUGAGACAGCUUGAGCCUCAGGAUUCUUGUUCUUCCUCUUAUCUUCCUUUUGUGGUUUUUAAUUUGAAGACCCCAGAGAAUUCCAUUACAUAAUGAUUUUGCCCUUGUUAUAAAUGUUACCCUAGGAAUUGUUUUAACCAUUUCCUUUUCUAAACUCUCUAGCUUUCAACUUUACUUAAACAUUGUGUGGUAGCUCUGACCUGUCCUGAUUCUUUAGAGAAGCUGGGGUACAGUUUAUGAGAUAGCUAGAGCUUCUUUGUUAUCUCAGGCAGGAGGCGUUUACAUAACAGAUGUUUCCUCAGCUGGGUGUGAGUUAUACUCUAAGCAGGAGGCUUUUUCAGCCUUCUCUCUCUUUUUUUUUUGAGAUGGAAUUUUGCUCUUUUGCCCAGUCUGGAGUGCAGUGGCAUGAUCUCAGCUCACUGCAACCUGCACCCACUGGGUUCAAGCGAUUCUUCUGCCUCAGCCUCCCGAGUAGCUGGGAUUACCGGCACCCACCACCACGCCUGGCUAAUUUUUCAAUUUUCUUUUUCAGUAGAGACGGGUUCACCGUGUCGGCCAGGCUGGUCUUGAACUCCUGACCUCAGGUGAUACCCCCCCCCCCAGCCUCAGCCUCCCAAAGUGCUGGGAUUACAGGCGUGAGCCACCGUGCCUGGCCCUGUCUCUCUUAAGAGUAGGUUCAUUGUCUGUCUUAGAGUCACUUCUAUUGCAACUCAUUUUCUUUUUCUAGGGCACAGAUCGACCAAGCUGCUGUUCCCUAUUCUGCAGGACAGGACUAUUCUAGCAUACCUGCUUCAUCCACCCAGGCAGGGUUUGGGGUGGUCUCUUCUGUGCCUGCAGUCCCCAUUUGACACUUGGUUGCCACCAUCUUUGGAGAUUAUUGUUUGGAAUGAUGCUUCCAUUGGCUUGUUCUUGUUACCAUGGACUAGGAAGAAAACAUGGUUUCCAAAUAAUCUAGGAGCUUUUGGCCAUGGUGCUGCCUUCCUGAAUUGGCAGUGGUCAGAGCACACCUGAACCCUAUCCUGGGCUGGUGAUGAGCAGAAAUCAGACCUUUUUCUAUGCUUUUUUGAAUAUCAGAGUAGGAUGAACACCCAGGUUCAAAUAUGUCACCAAAGUUGGUGGUAGUCCUUCCCUGCACCCUUGCGUUAAGCCAUUAUGUAAUGAAAAUGUGUUUGCUUGAAGGAACAGCUCACAGCACCUUCACAAGUUGCCUUGACUUACCCUAGGUGGGUGUGAAAGAGCACCCGUAGCAAGGAAAAUUUUCUCUAUUAGUGUGUUCUUCUGCCUCUUCCCCCUUGAUUCAGCUUUCAGAGGUACUAUGGCAGUUUUGCCUCAGGUGCUGAACAUUUCUCAGCCCUGGCUAAAAGGGAGCAGCACAGGGAGAGAAACAGGAUAGGAAAGCAGAAUGGCGAGCAGCCUAUGGCCCAGGGCCUGUAAUCCCUUCCCAAGACUAGCUGCUCAGGGUGGUGCAGGGACAGGACCAGACCCUGCGCCUAUUUCCUGCCCUCUUUCCCCUGUAGGGAACUCUCCUCUAGGCUGAGCCACUGUCCUGCUCUUAUGACAUUAUAUCUUGUGCCUUUCUCCUCAGCAGUGAGCAGUGAGCUACUCCUGGCCCAGGCCCUAGGGGAAAUGGAUCAGUCUUUGAGGUUUCUAUUUGGGGAGGGGAGUACUUAAGAUGAGUCAAAAGACACUUUCCUCUGUUCCAUUCCCCAUCUCAGGGACUCCUGAAUAUUCAGCCUCUCCAGGCUGGUGUCUUCUAGUUUCCCCCACUGGGAAUGCUGGCUGGGAGAGCCAUGACUACCAAACUUUUCCUCAGGCUCCUUGGCAUGUUAGUCUGAAUUGUUCUUGAGCACUGUACUACUGACCCAACAACUGUGACUAGCUGGCCAUGCCAUUCAGGGCUGGUGUGGCAUUUAUGUGUGUGUGUGUGUGUUUUUUUCCUGUUUGCCCAGCAGUGCAUUGUGGGUUCCAAGAGUGGGUAGUGUGUGUAUGUGUGUGUGUCAGAGGGAGACCUGGCAGGCACCUCUUUGAGAGUAGCUGUGGUCAGAGCUGUUUGGUCAGUGCAUUAUGUUGAAUGAGGUCCAGGAACCCAGAGCCACCCAGCAGACACCACUGUGGCUUGCCAGCUGCCAAGAUGGAGAAGCAUGUGCCCCUGUAGAGCGUCUCCCCAGAACCAGACCCCGAGCCACUCGCUUCCUCUGUGCUGUGACAACAUUGGUGCCAGGGGAGAUGGUGUUUUUCAAAGGGACCUACUGUAGCCACUUUAAUUUACAAUUAAGAGCCUUAGUUUGACUUAACACUUUUGUAGGCUUUUCAUUGUGUAUUUUUGUGUAUGUGUGCAUAUAGCAGCUACUCUGUAGCAGAGGUGGGUAGAGACACUUAAUAGUAUCAUGUCGCAUGCAGAUGUCACAUCGGCCUCUGCAAAAACUGUACUGUCUUGUUUCUGCAUUAGACUUAAGUAGUCAUGUGAAUAUACUGCUAUGUCACUUUUAAUAUUACGAGUUUUAUACUUGGAAAAUGGUACUUGCUUCUUUUAAAUCUGUCUUCUCUAACCUCCCCCUUCCCAUUUCAAUGCUCCCUUCCUAAUUUCAGCAAUAAUCUCAAAAAGCAAUUAAAUAGUUAAAUGACCCUAAUUGUAA